AUGGGGAAUUGCCAGCGGCGGCCAGCGCGACAAGAAGCCAAAAGAGCAGCUGGACGCUCUGCAGGGGGAGUGACGGCUCAGCACACGGUGGAGGUGGGAGCAACUGUGCGAGUGGCGGAAGGCAAAUACAGAUCCUGCGUCGGUGUCGUAACGGCUGUCAAGCACGGCAGCGUUUGGGUGAAGUUCGAGCAGAAGGUCGUGAACUUCGAUCUGUCUCGCGUGCAGGAGAGCUACUCUGAGUGCGACACCCAGAGCGAUGUGUCCGACCUCACCCCCCGAAGCGACGAGUGCAGUCGCCGAAGUGACUGGGAGGCUGACAGAGAUGGCCAGGAUGUCAUGAAGUCGACCUUCCUCGAGGAGUUCUUCAAGGAGGAUUUACAGAGCAGGACGUCGGAGUUCAGUGGAAACUGGCAGAGCCCGGGCCAACACAUCAAGCAAGGAGGCAAGCGCUUUGAGCUGGUCUCGGCGAAGGAUCCAAGCAAUAACAAGCCUGGCCAGCAGGGCUACAAGAAGAAUAGGAUUCACUUCUUGUACUUGGCAGCUGAUUCCUUCCAGUGCGCCCAGUUGCGGCUCGAGAGACUCGCGGACUUUGCGUCGCUUUCGGUGGCGGAGAAGUGCGCGGCACGGCUGGAGCUCCUGCAGAGCCGCGGGAAGGUCUGCUGGAGGAGGGCAGACAUCUUCGAGUGGAUUACUGAGCCUGUGGAUUCGGCUGCGUCUGGCGGCUGUGGCUUCAUCUCGCUGCAUCUGCUGCGGGACUUGGUGGGCAAAGCCGCUGGCGUCUCCGUGACCAGCGUGCAGGUGCGCGUGGUUGGCCCACAGCUGGGCGUGAUCAAAGGACUUCUAACCUGGAAGCCGGGCAUCGAUGUCAUCCAGGUGCCCCCGUCCAUGCGGAAGGUGCCGCCUUCCAAGACCUGCCACGACGACUGGGCGUGCAUUACGGUAAUGGAUACCUUCCCCGGCAAUCUGGCGAAGAAGCUGCCGAACCAAACGGCGUUCGGGGGCCGGCCCAGCCUGUGGCAGCCCAAGGAUGUGAGUGACAUGCUGGAACUCCUGCUUUCGUGCCACGGAGUGCCAAGCCAGUUCCUGGCAAGUUACAAGAAGCAGAAGCAGCGGCCGGAGGCCUGGAUGGUGGGCGUGGCGGAUCCCAGCGGCGCCAUACCUGCUGGCCACAUCUUCUUACCAGGACUCUACCAGCACGUCACCGACGUCUUCGUGGUCCGCUCUCCUUGCUGGCGCCCCUGCGACGGCCGGAUUUUGCCGGUGCUGCGGACCAAGCCGCGCGCGAUGAGCGCGAGGGAUUGGGAGCACCUGACCAGCAGGCCCUUCGGGGAGGUGAUCUUCGCGAAGAGCCCGGCUUUGCCGGAGUCCAUCGCAAACGGGGACUUGGAUGGGGACCGGUAUUGGACGUGUUGGGACCCCACUGUGGUGUCCACCGCGAAGCCGCAGCAGCUGGUUGCGCAGCCCAAGGCGCCGAGUGCUUCCCACGGCCGCGAUCGCGGAUGGCUGCUAAAAGCGCAAGAGGCGAUGCUGGAUGCGAAGGGCUGGCGUCACAUCUUCUGGCUGGCGGGAAGACUGUGCAACCAUGGCCGGACAUGGGCCAAGAAAUCCGCAGAAGGGCUGCGGCACCCGGUCGCACGCGAGUGCUUCGAUUUGUUCCUCGAUGUUAUCGACAACAAACGGCACGGGGGCAGCGUGGACCUGCCGCAGCACUUGCGGCGUGAUCUUCGAUGGAAGUUCGACUGA